AUGACGCCCAUCAAGGUGGUUGGGGUGUGGAUUACUCUACAAGCACUCUCGGUUGGUUUAGCCACGGACCGUGGGCCGCGCGGAGGCGCAGGCCGAGGCCGGGAACCCGCGCUGCCCCUGCCCCGCUGCAUCUCGCCCCCACCGCAGGCUCGGGCCCGACCCCCCCGCCCCGCACAGCCGCGUGCGCUCGCCGGGCUGAUAAAUGGCUCGUGUGCCACGUGUGCUCAGUCGGGCUCGGCUUGUAGCUCGACUUGCCUGGGCGCUUGGCCCUUCUCGGCCCUUCUAAAAGUGGCGCCUCCACCCAUGGAGGAGGAGCAGACCUACCUGGAGCUCUAUCUGGACCAGUGUGUCGCCCAGGAUGACCUCGCUCCGCCCGGGUCACCGCUGCUCAGCCCAGUUGUACCUGAUGAAGUGUAUAUACCGAAUUCAUCCCAUCCAGAGACUGUGUUUAAUUCACAUCUUGAAGAAGUCAAAGAAACAUCUGGCCCUUUCUCAUCUGUGGAUCUUAGCUUCCUACCAGAUGAACUUACCCAAGAAAAUAAAGACCAGAGUAUCAUUAGAAGCAAGCAUGAAAUUGAAGAAAAUUGUAAAGCUCAAAGUCAGCAAAGUAGGUUGUCAUUACCCAGAGAACAGGACAUUGGUCUGGGCUUAAUAAGCAACAGCAGUUUCUCUAAUUCCCAUUCACAUCUGUACCCUGGUGAUGCUGACUCAGUCCAGCCCUCUCUUGAGAAACCAGACUCCAUGCCUCUGGUGUCCAUAGCUCCUAUGACACCAAUGACCCCUGUUUCAGAAUGUUCUGGAAUUGUGCCUCAACUACAGAAUAUAGUUUCCACUGUAAACCUGGCCUGUAAAUUGGAUCUGAAGAAAAUAGCUUUGCAUGCAAAAAAUGCAGAGUAUAACCCAAAGAGGUUUGCUGCUGUCAUAAUGAGGAUCCGAGAGCCCAGAACAACAGCCCUCAUCUUUAGCUCUGGGAAAAUGGUCUGCACGGGAGCCAAAAGUGAAGAGCAGUCUCGACUUGCAGCGAGGAAGUAUGCUCGUGUGGUGCAAAAGCUGGGCUUCCCAGCCAGAUUCCUCGAUUUUAAAAUUCAGAACAUGGUUGGAAGCUGUGAUGUGAGAUUUGCCAUCAGACUGGAAGGUUUGGUGCUGACCCAUCAGCAGUUCAGUAGUUAUGAACCAGAACUGUUUCCUGGCCUUAUCUACAGAAUGGUAAAACCACGAAUUGUGUUGCUUAUCUUCGUAUCUGGAAAAGUUGUGUUGACAGGUGCCAAAGAACGUUCUGAGAUCUAUGAAGCAUUUGAAAACAUCUAUCCUAUUCUAAAGGGUUUUAAAAAAGCCUGA